AUGGCGGCUAGACCAUUGGCUUUUGCAGCUAUUGCUGCUCUUUUUCAUCAGGCUACCUCUCAGCAAGCCCCUACCCCAGAUAAUCUAGUUUCUCUGCCGACCUGGAAAUGUACAACCUCCGGCGGCUGCGUUCAACAGUCGACUUCUAUUGUCGUGGACUGGGUGUAUCACUGGCUCCACACAGUCAAUGGGAGCACAUCUUGCACUACAUCCAGUGGAUUGAACUCAACUUUAUGUGGAACGGAAGAGGAAUGCUAUACAAACUGUGAAAUUUCACCGGCCACAUACGAUAGCCUCGGUAUAAAAAGUUCAGGAAACUCUUUAACCCUCAAUCAAUACGUCACAAGUGGCGGAACGACGAGCAACGCCUCUCCACGUGUAUAUCUCUUGGAUCCCGCCGGCAAGAAUUAUGAGAUGUUGCAGCUUCUCGGCCAAGAGAUUAGCUUUGACGUAGAUGCCUCCAACUUACCAUGUGGUGAGAAUGGGGCUCUUUAUUUGUCUGAGAUGGAUGCAACUGGAGGUCGAAGCCAGUACAACCCUGCCGGAGCUUCAUACGGUUCCGGUUAUUGUGAUGCUCAGUGUGGAGUCGGUACCUGGUUCAAUGGUUCCAUCAAUAGCGGUGGCCUGGGCUCUUGCUGUAACGAGAUGGAUCUUUGGGAAGCCAACUCUGAGGCAACGGCGUUGACUCCUCAUCCGUGCAGUGUAGAUGGUCCUUAUGCCUGUUCUGGUAGCGCCUGUGGCUCAACUGGAGUGUGUGACAAGAAUGGUUGUGGAUUCAACCCAUAUGCACUUGGGGACCAGAGCUAUUAUGGCCCAGGUCUUACAGUAGACACAAGUAAGCCUUUCACAGUUACGACACAGUUCGUGACCAGUGAUGGCACCAAAACCGGAACCUUGACUGAAAUUCGUCGAUCUUACACCCAGAAUGGCAAGGUUAUUGCGAAUGCCGUUGCGUCCUCGUCGUCAGGCUUUUCAGGUGCAAGUUCCAUUACAGAGUCCUUCUGUACUGCGAUGGACUCCGAAGCCGGUACACUGGGAGGUUUGCCUACUAUGGGUGAAGCCCUUGGUCGUGGCAUGGUUCUCAUCUUCAGCAUUUGGAAUGAUGCAGGUGGAUACAUGAACUGGCUAGACAGUGGUAGUUCGGGUCCUUGCAGUAGCACUGCAGGAAUUCCAUCCACCAUCCAGUCAAGUGAUCCCGGUACUUCGGUUACUUUCUCAAACAUCAAAUGGGGUGAUAUCGGAUCUACGGGGUCUGGCACUGGAACCACUUCAUCAUCGUCGUCAUCGUCGGUUUCACACACAACUAGCAGCACAACGACAAAAACAACAACAUCAGCAACGACAACUACAACCAGCGCCGGACCAACUCAGACUCAUUAUGGUCAAUGUGGAGGCACAUAUUACACUGGUCCUACUGUCUGUGCCUCUCCAUACACCUGUCAGGUUCAGAAUCCGUACUACUCACAGUGUCUUUAG